AUGUCCUUCAAACCGAUUGAAUUACGAAAAAUUCGCAAGCCGUUGAUGGAAAAGAAGCGUCGAGCGCGCAUCAACGACUCCUUAAACACUUUGAAGCAGAUUUUGCUGCAAAAUACCGUGGCAAUUCCGACAUCCGGUGGUCGCAUUGCGAAAUUGGAAAAGGCUGACAUUCUCGAGAUGACGGUUCGUUAUGUGAAAAAUCUCCAUCGGCGACUUGGAGUGCCCGUGGACCCCAUGGAUACGGUUUCUUCCACUUCCGAGAGCACUGAUGAAGAGUCUUUUGUGGUAAAUCGUGAGAUUUAUAAAAAUUUAUUGAAUGAAAUUGAUCGACCGGUGGGUUUGAGUCACUUGGCACGAGAAAAUGUGCCGAAAAUUCGAAAAAAUUUAAAAUUGCCGAGAUUUGAGAUACGCGAAGAUUUGCAAGAUAAGGAAAAUUUGGUGCCAGAAAAGGAAAAAAUGAAGAAGGAGCAGAAAGGAAAUGAGAAUAAAGGAUUUAAAAGUGAAAAUGAACUUCAUUGGCGACCAUGGUGA